AUGAGUCGAUUUUCAGCAACUAACGGCACAAAUCCCAUUUACGAUCCUAUACGAGACCAUAAUGGGUAUAGAUCUGGGGCAAGGGUUGCACGAGUGCAGAUUUUGAUUGCACUGUUUCUCGGGUUAUCGGCAUUCACGGUAUUUUGCUUUCUUAGAAAGAAAUACCCCCGAAUUUACGUCGCUAACUUCAACCAGCUGAAUAUCAAUUAUUUCCACAGCUUUUCGAGACAAAAAUUGCCAAAGUUGCCGUCAACCUUAUUUGGUUGGAUUCCUGUGGUGUACCGAAUUGACGAAAAGCAAGUACUUGAGCAUGCUGGGUUAGAUGCUGUGGUUUUCCUAGGGUUUUUCAAGAUGUCAAUCAAAAUCCUUGCUGUAUGUGUUGUUUUCGCGUUUACUAUAAUAUCCCCUGUUCGAUACAAGUACACGGGACGGGUAGACUUCCCGGAUGGGAAUGAUGAUGAUGAUGAUGAUGAUAAGAACGGAGAUGAUGAUUCGGCAAUGAUAAAAUUGGUAAGACUUUCGAAAAGAAGUAUAUCAGGCUGGCUUAUUCUGUUCAUCAGGGACAGUGGCCUGGACGACUACGAGUCAUUCCUUUGGAUGUAUACUGUAUUCACUUACGUCUUCACGCUUGUGGUGCUCUAUCUCCUCUAUCGGCAAACCACCAAGAUUGUUGCCAUGAGACAAAAUUACCUUGGUCAGCAAAGUUCAAUCACUGACCGCACAAUAAAGUUGUCUGGGAUUCCGCCUGUACUUCGGGAGGAGGAGGCGUUGAAGCGCCAUAUCAAUUCUCUAGGCGUGGGAGAUGUUGAUGAAAUUGUCAUUGUCAAAGAGUGGAAUACACUCAAUGAUCUAUUUCGUAUGAGAAAGCGUAUUUUGAGGAGACUCGAGGUGCAAUGGGUAGAAUACUUCAAGAAAAACGGUUUAGACAACACUUGUGACUUGAGAACAUCUCGAAUCAGCGCUUCCCACGGCGACACCAUCCACUUGACCGACUCUGAUUACCUGGGUGUGCAAGAAAGGCCAGGGAGCCCCGAAUCUGCAACUUCUACAGCUGCUUCCAUUAUUGAUCAGAUAUCUGAGCACUUGGAUGACCAUUCCAGCGCUAUUUAUGGAAUGAAUACCAGUGUUAGCCACCUUCCUUUGUUAACAGAUGACGAUAUGUAUCGUCCUCGAUUUCGGAAAGGCUUCUUUGGGCUCUUUGGACCCGAUGUGGACAGCAUCAACUACUAUAAUGAGCAACUCGAAGUUCUCGAUAAAGAAAUUCGAAGAAGCCGGUUGAGGGAAUAUCCACCCAGCUCCACGGCUAUUUUAACAAUGAAAUCUGUCGCUCAGGCCCAAAUGUUGGCCCAGGCGGUGCUAGACCCUAAAGUGAACCACUUGAUCACCAGUUUGGCACCUGCUCCCCAUGAUAUCAUCUGGGACAAUUUGUGCUUAUCUCGGCGAGAAAGAAACUUCCGCAUAUCCAUGGUAAUGAUAUUCAUUGGGUUGAUUUCUAUCUUGUUGGUCUUUCCGGUGAGGUUUUUGUCUAAUUUCUUGAAUGUGAAAAGCAUCUCUAAGGUUACACCUAAGCUUGGAGAAUUCUUGAAAGGACACAGGUGGGCAGAAACAUUGAUCACUGGAAUCUUGCCUCCUUAUGUCUUCACGAUAUUUAACAUCGUCAUGCCUUACUUUUAUAUCUGGAUCACUCAGAAACAAGGAUACACUUCACAUGGAGAUGAGGAGCUCUCCUCAGUGUCCAAAAACUUCUUUUACAUUUUUGUCAACUUGUUUUUAGUUUUUACCCUUUUUGGUACCGUCACCCUUAGUGACACCGCUCCCCAGAUCGCCUAUCAGUUGGCACAGUCACUCAAGAAGUUGAGUUUGUUCUACGUGGACUUGAUCAUUCUCCAAGGCAUAGGAAUAUUUCCUUACAAAUUACUCCUCCUCGGAAAUCUUCUCAAGUAUCCCAUCGGGAACCUAUUCUGGUGUAAAACGCCCAGGGACUACUUGAACCUCUACAAGCCACCUGUGUUCAACUUUGGGUUGCAAUUACCACAACCCAUAUUAAUAUUGAUUAUCACCAUUACAUACUCGGUGAUUUCCACAAAAAUCGUCACAGCUGGCCUAAUCUAUUUCAUCGUGGGAUACUUUGUUUUCAAGUACCAACUUCUUUAUGCAUGCAUCCAUCCACCACAUAAUACGGGAAAAGUUUGGCCCCUAAUGGUACGAAGGGUCAUAUUGGGCUUGCUCAUUUUCCAUAUGACUAUGUUUGGCACUCUUGCUUCGGAGAAGGCCAUUCUUUGCGCAUCUUUGCUAGUACCACUUCCAUUGUUCACAGGUUAUGUGUUCUGGUACUAUCACAAGCACUAUACAUCCCUUUCCACGUUUAUUGCGUUGCGGUCGAUUGUUAACAAUGAGCUUCCAUUCCGUGGUGACGACGAGGAAGAAUUGUUCACGGCAGCUACUAAUUCAACCGCCAGAGAGCAAACCUUGGACGAAAGAAGAGAGGUUAAUCAGAGCUAUGAGUAUCCAUACUUGUACGAGGAGCUCAACGGUCCCAUGAUCGCUGUAGACCACGACGAAGUCCUCCACUGA